AUGGCAUCUUCUCUUCCGACCUUCCCACGUAUAGUGUUCACAAUCAUCGAGCCCAUUUCAUUAAUCGCUGGCUUUGCUGGUGCCGUCAUUGAUCCAGCCUGGUUCAUGAACGAACAAGUUCCUCAAAGCAAUGUGAUCAGCCCUUCUGGAAACGGUAUCAUGGUGACCUGGCAGUUGGGAAAUCUUUACUUAUUGCUAGGAUUUCUUGGUAUUGCAAUCCUAUCAACGACCAAUGAGGUCAGUGUCGUCCGAGCAUAUCUUAUUGCACUGUGGCUUGGAGACAUCGGUCAUGUCGGUUUCAGCUCUUAUGGCUUAGGGUGGAAUCUGUCAAUGAGUCCCACGAAAUGGAACGCUACGACUUGGGGGAACAUCGCAAUGACGUUGUUUCUUUUCUUCACGAGAACGGCCUACCUCACUGGGCUCUUUGGCAAGGAUCACGUCAAACCUAAAAUUUGUGACAUUGGUAAUACAGGUACGUUAUGCCUGUCGUUCACCCUUAAGGUCAGCGUUCGGGUUAAGGGUGGAGUCAGCGCUUAUUGGUCAGUCGUCAAAAUUAAAACCAACGCGGCGCGCUUUGAGACUCUGUUCCUGUAUCUCACACGCCUUCACCUGAACACCCGUAAGCCGCUUCAUAUUGGCGACACAACGGCUGCAUCUCAGCCUCAGAGAGUUAUGCGCAACACUCGAGGCCGCGUAGCGACAACCGCAACACCACCAAGAGAGACGCAUAUUUCCCAGGACAAGCCAGUACUGUCAAUCGAGCAUGUUAGAGUAUUACAGAGACACCCGCCAGCUCGCCGCAACGCUCCGCCUCGGGCUCAAGGACGAGAGUCCAGUAUCUCAACCAAUCCAGCAAGACCUGACGACGAAACUGAAUUUAUAGAGGAUGAUGACGAGUACCCUCAACCUGACGACCCUGGCAGCCAGCUGAGGGAGAUUGCUUCUGGCCUGAACCCCUACUCUCCUACUUCUCAGUAUACACCUGGACGAAGCUCAGUAGAACAAACCCAUGCAAAUUAUGGACAAAAUCCAUAUGAACCCGACUACCCCGGUGCUGAUUCGGCGAACCAAGGGGACAGUUACAUACCAUCUGUUCCUCAGCCUGAAUCGAACGACGCUGGCCUUGGUGGCGCAGGCCUUGCAAGUGAUUACCCCAAGACCAGCCCAGAGCUCGAUUCUGAGAAAUUGAAGAAUCUCAAGAUGCUCGAAACCAUGGUACCGGAUCUAGCCAGAGCUGCCGAUAGUCUAUACAAGUACUCAAAUCAAGAACCAUCGGACAAUGAUGUGUUCCAAGGAUGUCUGCGCAUGAAGAGACACGCUUUCGAUAGCAUGCAAAACAUCUUUAAAAAACUUGGACAACCCUACAAGGGCGACUUCAUUGAUUUCGCGAGCUUCCUGGAACUAGGCUCUACGCAACAGCAAAAAUCUCUGUUAGUUCAGAUUGCCCGAGUCAAUACCGUUAUAGCCUACGACAGAAUUCACAAUGUUGAGGAUGGCCAAGCGCCGGAAAUCUUCACGUUUCUCAAAACUUUCAACGAGGUCUUCCCUAACUACUUUAUUCCGGACCCUGGAAUGUUCCAAGAACCUGAAGUGAUAUUGGAUAUGCGGACCUGGCUUCUCGUCGAGACUCUGUCACGUACCGAUGGUCAAGGCGAUAUUGACAAACUACUCGUUGAGGUAUUCUGUGACCCUCACAAAUUAGAGAAUCUCGAUAGCAUUGAAGAAUGGUAUGACUACCCGGCGCUUUUGUCAGGACAAUACUUUCGAGAAGUUGGCGACAGUGGUCACGUUGAUACUGAGGAGCUCUGUUCAGAACGCAUAAUGGAAAUAGCCGAGGUCUUUAAACAAAGCGGAAAACACAAGACAAUCGCGCAUCUAUCGGAGAAGUACCCUCUUCAGGAGCUGCUCAACAAUCUCCGGAGCUGCUUCGACGCCAUGUACAAUAUCUUGACUGACGAAGAGAGUGUUAGGGUUGGCACUCAGUCACCAUAUCUUGAUCAACAGGCUGCCUUCGAGAGUCAAGGUGAUCCUUUCGGCUCUGAUUCUCAGUCGAUCGUCCGCGCAGAAACUCAAGAAGCAGAGCCCAGUCUCUUCGUUAAUAAACGAUCACUUCUCGCUCUAGAGUAUGACACCCAAGGGGGCGAGACCCUCCCGCCUUCAAAUCAGCAACCUACCGGUCCCAAAUCACAGGUUCCUCGCGACUAUCAUCAGCAUGCGAACGCCGACCUCCUGCGUAGCCCAUUUCCUCCUGCAAGUUCUUUUCGACUCGUUUCUGGCAGUGAUAAAGGCCAGCAUCGAGGCUACAAACGACCACGAUCGGUCACAGCCGAAGGCGAUGAUGAGGAUGAUCCUUUUGAAACUGAUGACCGUUACAUUAAUCCAGCGAGACGCGAUGAGUUAAAACGACAAAUGCCCCCACCAUCCCGACCAGAAACGAUCUCUAUAUCUCUCCCGAGACGUGUCCCCGUUCCUUCAUCUGCAAGAUCUGUGCCUCCUGCCUUUGAACAAGAAUCCUCGCGGAGUUUGACUCCUCAAGCGGCUUCACGGCUGCCACCCUCCUCCGUAGUCAAUUACGAUGCCCUCAAAAAGGCAGCAUCUCAAAGAAACAGAGAAGCGCGCUUAGCAGAUCCCGGCCGACAGGGGACAAGACAGCGUGUCCCUUGGAGCGAUCAUGACACUCAGUUGCUGCUUGAUUUGAUCCAAGAACAUGGUGCUCGCUGGUCGAUGAUUGAAUCAGAGUGUAAUGAUUAUUUUGAGCAUCCACGAAACCAACAGGCUUACCGUGACAGAGCACGUAAUCUCAAAACUGAGCUUCUUAUCACGGAUGCGGUUCUGCCUCCAAACUUCAAUGAAGUCGCUCUGGGCAGCAAAGAGAUUGCCAGGGUAAAGGCAGUUGGAAAGAACCCUCAUCGUCGGGAGGAGGAUGUUGAAGCCAAUGGUAACCCUAUUAAUACUGAGCUUUUGGAACCCACGCUAUUUUGA